AAAAAAAAAAACUAUUAAAUCAGAAUUGGAAUUCCGUUGUGCUUUUUAUGGUGUUGAGGUGCAAAAUCCCCAAAUCUGACAGCGCGAGCUAAGGGCAUGGUCUCCCACGCCACGCAUCAAGGAUGAGUAACAACAACAGAAAUAUUGCAGCUGGAGUAUUUCAUUAUUCAUCUUCACAAGAAUCAACACAAAUAGAUGGAGAUAGUUCAGAUGAUAACACAGAUUCACUGAAUACACUUGAAGAUAGUUCAGAUGAUAAAGAAUAUUCAAAAAAUGCAUUGGUAAAUGCACUAGUAGCAUGGACUCAAGCAUCUGAGGCAGAAUUAGCUUUUAUUUUAGCUGAAAAUGAGAGUAUAAAUGCCAGUUCUUCAAUUACUGAGUGUGUGACUGCUCUUGACAAGAUUGAAGAUAUUACAGAUGACAUUUAUAUGAAAGCUUGUGAAAAAUUUAUGGAUCCUGAUUGGAGGGAAAUGUUUCUUGCUAUGCCUAGUCAUAGGAGAAAGGGGUGGCUAGUUAGGCUUUAGGAGAAGGCCUAUAGAUACUUUGAAUUGCAGAUCACUGACAUCCUAGUAACCAUGUGUAAUAUUGAGCAUGGUUUCCCCUUUGAAUUUAAUGUUUUUUUUGUUUGUAUUUGCCUGCAUCAAGUGGUGUAUGUUUGUUUUCUGAAAUCUUUGCUUGUGUAAAAUUGUGACUAUUUCAUGUGCGAUCAAACACUUCAUGAAUCUAGCAAGAAAAUAAUUAUAGUUUUGACAUAAAGGAUUUUCUUGUAACCCUGUAA